AUGGCGAGCGAAGGCGACUGGACCUGCGACGCUAAUGACGCCGUCCAGAUCACUCUUGUCCAGCCUGGUGAACAAAAACCGAAGACGCUCUCUAGCUUCCAUCCUCAGUUUACUUACCCAAUUUUUGGCGAUGAUGAAACAAUUUUCGGAUACAAGGGAUUGAUCAUCCGUCUACGAUUCGCUGCUCAUGACCUCCGUCCGCAUAUGCAUAUUUCCUACGAUGAAAAGUUUAAGACCGUGGGCGACACCUCAGCAGUUGACUUGCUCAAGACAUUGAACCCAUUUAUCCCGGAAGAGGCAUUCUCCACGCUUCCUGAUUAUGAAAACGCCGUCCAAGAAGACAAAGAUGCGAAGGACUUUGUACCGCCAGGAAAGCUUGUCCAUAACUAUGUCACUCGAGGACGAACAUAUGAGAUCUGGGCGGGGUCUCUCGCUGAUCCUCAGGUGCGGCGGCUGUUGGACCGGGCUCAGGUGUUCGUGUCACUAUUCAUCGAGGCUGGAACACCCCUAGAAACGGAGGAUCCCGAAUGGACCCUUGAGCGCUGGACGGUCUACUUCGUGUACGAGAAAGUGAAGCCUCCUACCCACAAUGCUUCACAAUAUUCCAUCGUCGGAUAUGCAACAACAUAUCGCUGGUGGUUUUACCAGAGGGAUUCUCCAGAGAAAGCCUCGGUCACGAAUGACCCUUUCCCAGGCCCCGAGAUUCGACCUGCACAGCUACCAGCCCGACUGCGGAUUGCCCAGUUCCUGAUCCUCCCUCCACACCAAGCUCGGGACAUGGUACCCAUCUACCCCAAUGAAGCAUUUGACGCGCUUCGCGAUACCGCAGAUUUCCACAUCCUGCGCCCAGAAUUCCUUAAACACAACGUGAAUAUCAAUCCCGACCCCUACGCAGCACUCCCUAAGACACAGCGCCCUCGUCGUGUCCCAACAUCUGCCCUCAUCCCCACAAAGCUUCUCCACGAUAUCCGUUCCACUUAUAAGAUCGCCUCAACACAGUUUGCUCAUGUCUUGGAGAUGUUUCUCCUGGGCGAGAUUCCCAUCAAGAAUCGUCAUGCUGGUGGCGCAAAUAUGUCACGUCUAUUGAUAAAGAAACAUAAUGCUGCGGAUCCGAAUGAGAGGCGGUAUUAUUGGUGGCGCAUGCUAGUUAAGCAACGUCUCUUCAAGCGCUCUCGUGAUAUUCUCAUCCAGCUAGAGAUGAGCGACCGUAUCGAGAAACUUGAGGAAACAGUGACCAACGUGGAGGAAGGAUACGAAGCAUUAAUCAAGGUCUUCACUGCCAGAGAGGAGGCUCUAAUGGCUAAGCAAGAGGAGUCUGGUGAAUCGCCUGAAACUGCAGCUUCAGAAGACUCAGCCACGAGUUCCGGUGAUACUCCCGCCAGGGAUCAGCGCGCUAAGAGAAAGUUCACAUUAGAGGAUGAGGAUGAGGAGGAAGAGGGUGAACCGGAAGCUUCCAAGCGUCCGAAGGUGUAA